AUGCUGGGCCUGUGUAGAACCAUGGCGGGCUCUGCAGCUGCGCCUAUGGAGCGCCUGCUGCCAGAAGCACUGAUCCGAGUGGUGGUGGCGGCGGCAGCGACGGCACCAGCAGGCGGCAGUAGAGCAGACCACCGGCGCACCACGCAGCCAUGGAGGCUUUACACCAGCAGCAGCAGCAGCAGCAACGAUGCUGCUGCUGGCGGCGGGGUGGGCGAGGCGCCCAGCGGCAGCUUUGCUGCCGGCUCGGGCCAUGCCGGCGAGCAGCAGCACCACCAGGAGCAGCAGCGGCAAGAGGACUUCGAGCAGCGGCGGCGGCAGCUGCUGGAGGCGAUGCUGCGCCACGUCCCUCAGCAUGGCUGGGCAGGCGGCGCGGCUGCAGCUGCUGCGGCGGCCGACCUGGGCCUGUCGCCGGCAGCGGCGGGCAUGUUGGGCUCUGAUGCUGAGGCGGUGCAGCUGUUUGUGGCUGACUGCAACCAGCGGUUAGAGGAGGAGCUGGCCGGCAUGCAGCAGCAGCUGGCUGACAUGGACAUGAGGUGGCCCGCAGCGGCUCCCCGCACGCUGCGGCUGUAUGCUGACCUGGCUGACGCCAUCUGGCACGCUGCGGGCGAUGCCUCCACAGACUCCACUUGGUACACCAAGCGGCUGCUGCUGACCGGCGCAUACACCGCCACAGAGCUCUACAUGCUGACCGACUGCUCCCCAGGAUUUGCCGACACAUGGGCCGCCCUCGACCGGAGGCUGGGCGAUGUGGUGGAGGCGGAGAAGGCGGCGGAGGAUGCGGGGUCGCUGGCGGGAGCUGUGAGCAGCGCCGCAGACAAUGCGCUAGCCCAACUCACCGCCCUGCUCCGGCGACCCAGCUGA